GUGGAAGCAACUCUGCAAGGCUUAGCUUUGCUCAGCACAUUGCAGAGUUUGCUGCAAAUGCAAAACUGAAAUCCAUCUUUGUACCGCCUACUUACCGUCUUAUGUGUUCUUGCCUUCUGUUUCUUUCCCCAAACCUCUCUUCUCAAAAGGAAGCUCUAUUCUGCUGCUAGCAAUGCAUCCUGAGAGGUGGCUAUGUUGGGGCUACCCUGCUUUCUGUGCGUGGGCAUUCGUGUUCACAUCCUUGAUUAAAGAUACCACAGCCUGCGAAUCAGAGGAACGGUUAUUUCACAAACUCUUCUCCCAGUACAACCAGUUCAUCAGGCCAGUGGAAAAUGUGUCUGAUCCUGUCACAGUGUAUUUUGAAGUUGCCAUUACCCAGCUUACAAACGUGGAUGAAGUCAAUCAGAUUAUGGAAACAAAUUUGUGGCUAAGACACAUUUGGAAUGACUACAAAUUGCGAUGGGAUCCCAGAGAAUAUGAUGGCAUUGAAUUUGUUCGGGUACCAGCAGAUAAAAUUUGGAAACCAGAUAUUGUCUUGUAUAAUAAUGCUGUGGGAGAUUUUCAAGUUGAAGGCAAGACCAAAGCCCUCCUCCGCUAUGAUGGAAUGAUCACCUGGACCCCACCAGCUAUUUUUAAAAGUUCCUGUCCAAUGGAUAUUACCUUUUUCCCAUUUGAUCAUCAGAACUGUUCACUGAAAUUUGGCUCUUGGACCUAUGACAAAGCCAAAAUUGAUCUUCUGAUCAUUGGAUCCAAAGUAGAUAUGAACGACUUUUGGGAAAACAGUGAAUGGGAAAUAGUUGAUGCUUCUGGCUACAAACAUGACAUCAAAUAUAACUGCUGUGAAGAGAUCUACACAGAUAUAACGUAUUCCUUUUACAUUCGAAGGCUGCCAAUGUUCUACACUAUAAAUCUGAUCAUUCCCUGCCUCUUCAUUUCAUUCCUGACUGUGUUAGUUUUUUACCUGCCAUCUGACUGUGGUGAGAAAGUGACUCUUUGCAUCUCUGUGCUCCUGUCUUUGACUGUAUUUUUACUGGUGAUCACAGAAACAAUCCCAUCCACCUCUUUAGUAAUUCCCCUCGUAGGUGAAUAUUUACUCUUCACUAUGAUAUUUGUGACUCUGUCAAUUGUCAUCACAGUGUUUGUCCUGAAUAUACAUUACAGGACUCCAACCACACACACAAUGCCCAAAUGGGUAAAAACUGUCUUUCUUAGCCUGCUCCCCAAAGUCCUGUUGAUGCAGAGGCCACUAGAACUGCAGAAAAAAAAUAAUUCCAGAAAGUACAAAAAAGAAUCAGCUGAUACGUCAGGCAAGUCAAAGCACAGCAAACACAAAGUUACCAAAUUGCAAAAAGAUCAGCGAUGCAGUCACUGUGAUAAGGCAACUGAACUCACUACCAGCAAAAGAAGACGACUGAGCCAUCAGUCACUUAAAUGGAUGGCAGAGCAUGGGGAGUACUCCCCAGAAGUGAAGGAAGUUAUUAGCAGCGUUCAAUUCAUUGCAGAGAACAUGAGGUUUCAAAAUGAAACCAAGGAGGUGGAAGAUGAUUGGAAAUACGUAGCUAUGGUGAUAGACAGAGUAUUUCUCUGGGUAUUUAUUAUCCUUUGUGUGUUUGGGACAGCAGGGCUCUUUAUCCAGCCUCUAAUAGCGGAUACAUAACUUGAUCCACUGUUUUUUUAUCCAUUUUUGUUCUUGUCUCAUUUUUGGUUCAGAACUGUCUCCUAUACUUCUCUCCUCUUACAUAACCCCCCUGGUCAUCAUCUCCUCAGCACCCAGCCACAGAGGAAAAGAGAAGGAGAGGGAAGGGUCCUCUGGGAAAGCAAACAACCUAAAACAGAAUGAGAAGAGGACUGGAAAUAGGAGAUGAGCAUGCAGUAUCUCUAAAGCAGAAUGCCUGGGAUUUUUAGAGUGCCUGCCUGUCUUUACCUCAGUGAGAUCAGCAAUAGCAACCACACUCCGGAUCACAGGAGCAGAUUGAAGUUAUUGAGCUUUUCUCUUGGUUUCAGUACAGGGGGCUUUUAGGACAGUUCAGGCAUUUCUGAGUGCCUUGCCCAAAGAGCACUCUACAUGGCUUCAUUUUGCUCUCCUGAUCAGAAAUCUUCCUCACCUUUGAGUUAAUGUACAUUUCCUCUCUAUUUCUCUCCUUACAACAGCUAGUUUUUGUUAUGGUCCUUUAAUGAAGUACCAGAGUCCUACUCACUGGACCAGUGCUCCUUGUAGUAUUCUUGUGUCAGGGCAAUAAUCAAAAUAAAAGUACAAUCAAACCAAUCCCUUGACCCUGUAACAUUUUCAAUACAAUCUAAAAUAACGAGUCCCCAUCUUCUGCAGUGUAUGUGCACAAAUGAAGGUCCCAGAUCAACAAAGCACAUGUCUACAUUUAUGUUUGAAGUCAGACAGGCCUUAAGCACUGAAUCCUAGUUGAAGACAAACUGAGUUAAUAUUUUGCACUGUAUGUAACCCUGCUGACAUAAUUUGAAGCAUCCUAGAGUCAUCACAGGAAUGAGCUGGAUGCACUAUGGAAAACCAGAAAAUACUUGAACUGUCUCUGGUUACCACAUAAGGUAUCUACAUUUGAAACCUACAUGCUUCUAAGAUUUUUAAAUUCAUCUGCCACUUUAGUGCCAUUUUUAGUUCAUCUGCCACUUAACUUUGCAGGGUACCAAAGUCUCCUUUGCUUCCUGAUACAGAAUACCAAGACCUUGGUCAGCCCCAGUAGGAGCUCCAGUAGGAUUUCAAGCCACAUUUCUCUUGUCAGGUUAACAGUCCACAGGUUCUGCUCUGAAAACUCUUCCUUGCUCAUGCUCAAACAUAAGCCCAGUAGGGAAAGCUUUGUCUGUCUCGUCACAGACAGAACUGACUUGACAGAAUUGGAUUGAUCUGAGUUUUCCUGUGUUUUUAAAACCCAAGACCAAGAUGGAUUACACACAUCCCAGUAGGAGAAGAUUGGCAAUCAUGAAUCCUAUGCAAGGCUAGGCACCAUGGUCCCAUCUGCUCUGCAGUAAUGUUCUGUCUCUGACUCCUCAUGGGUCAGUGCUGUGUAUGCCAACCUGUAACUGUAGGAGCAUUUCCUUCUGGGCUGAGGUUGCUGCUGUGUAACCAAGUUCCCAAUGAUAGUGCGCCUAAUCUUGAAUCACUCUGUAAAUGUGCACCUGAUGUGGUUUCUACACUAUGUGGACAGUUUACUCUCAGGUCCCUUGUCUGUUUAGAUUCCUGGUGGGUUUGUGUUGAAGGAUUCUUCCCUGAAAGGCACGAUUCCAAUUAAAGCCAAUGGCCUCAAGAGUAAAAAGCCCUUAUUGGAGUCUUAUAGAAGGCUCUAAAUUUAAUUGUACAGUAUCAGUGCAUUGUUUUCAGUGUCUGCCAUGUGUCGGCCUCUGCUUUGAACAUCACCAAUCCUUGGAAAGUAUGAUUCCCUGUUUCUGAAGUCCUUGACUGGCCUUUUACUCUUUUUGAUGCUCCAUAAUAAAAAGAACAGGUAUGAAUAAAUGUAUAUAUUGGAGAUAAAGGUGGAAUGACAGGAAUAUAACUGUCUUAAUCCAGUAGCUGAAAUGUAUAAUGUCAUGCUUUUCUAGAAGAAAAAUAUGUUUUCUGUAAUCCGCCUGGAUGUUGCAUAAUUAUGUAGUGAAUGACACACAGAUGUAUGA